AUGCUGAUUCGGAAUUUUUGCAGAUUCUUUUUUGGAUCUUAUAGAGUUUGUAUCUCCGAUCUGGUGACCAACUUUUUCACCCCCGAGUAUUUCAAAGGCAGAGCAAUCCUUGCACCCACUAAUGAAAGUGUUGGUUUUGGGAACGAUCAUUUUUUGUCGAUCAUAACAGGAGAGGAGAAGGUCUAUUUCAGCUCAGAUAGUAUGUGCAAGGAGGAGUUGUUGUCGGAUGUCAACGCAGAAAUAUACUCACCGGAGUUUCUCAACACCAUAUCAUGUUCCGGAAUUCCACCGCAUAAGUUGACAUUGAAAAGAGGUGCUCCCGUUAUGCUCAUCAGAAAUAUCGAUCAGGCCAGAGGAUUGUGCAAUGGAACAAGGAUUCAGAUUAUUAAUAUGGGAAAACACGUUCUCAACUGCAGGAUCUUGUCCGGUAAACAUGAUGGUGAUAUCGUGUUCAUUCCUAGAAUGACUUUGGUACCGUCCAACUCUGCAUUGCCUAUUAAAUUCCAGCGACGACAGUUUCCGCUGAUGGUAUCAUUCGCAAUGACAAUCAAUAAAAGUCAAGGAAAAACUCUUUAUCACGUGGGCCUGUACUUACCGAGACCUGUUUUGAGUCACGGACAGCUCUAUGUCGCACUCUCGAGGGUUAAGAGUCGAAGUGGCAUAAAGAUUUUGAUUAACUCGGAAUCUGGUGAUGCAACCAACGUUACAAAUAAUGUUGUAUACAAGGAAGUUUUUCAGCGUAUAUGA